AUGGGUCGAUGGGGAUGGCGUCUCUUUGAAGGCGACCAGGAUCUUGACGCCGUUCUGCUCGUUACUCAACGUGUAGAAAGCAUGGGUGUCGAUAUUGAGUCCUGGGAACAUAGUUUGAGUUCGAUGGUUCACCAAACCGACAUGCUAGCACCAGCAGAAGCCAUCGCAAUCUACAGCACCGCUGGAUAUGCCGCAUCGCUCGCCAACGUCACUGUCCCAUACAUCCGCAAGAAGCUCGACACUGACAAGCUCGGAGAACGGCUGUUCGCUGCUACUCGCGCCAAGGAAAGGGUCCCGGAAGACCUCUUUCAAAAAGCUAAGUAUAGCACUAUCAUUGUGGGCGCUCUCAUGAUGCGCGCUGGUGCUUGUAUCAAAGAAGCGGAUUUGCAGCAUCUACGUGAUCUGGUACCUCAAAUUAACUGCACCUCGCGUCGAACAAUGUGGGAAGAUCAUGGCUUCAGAUCGCCAGGAAAAGCUCAGUUCCUUGCUGCCUUGGAUCACUAUGAGCCUGGUGUUGCGCGCAGUUUCCAGGAGCCUAGUUGCUUCAAGUGUGGAAGGAUCGAAGCAGAUAUCGGCCACAAGCCUCUGCAAUGCAAGAAGUGCAAAGUUGCGACGUACUGUGGCAAGGACUGCCAACGCGCGCAGUGGCGCGAACACCGAGUGAGCUGCAUUCACCCCGCACAACGCCGAGUCCUGAACAUCUGA